AUGAACAAACCGAUUAAUUUAUCUAGACCAAGGGUAAUGUAUAAUCUAAUCAAUAUUUUUCAGCCAUUUAUGCCUCGAUUCCCAUUUAUAUAUUUUGGUGAACAAUUUCGUUCGGUUACAAUAUUUUCACAGGGUGUUUUGGGCAUCGGACCUGGAACUGAGAAACCAGAUUCAGGAAAUAUAAUCCAUGCUUUUGAUGGAGAAGACGAAUACGUUGAAGUACAAGUAAAGGAUUCUAAUGAAUUCUCUGCAGUGAAAUGGCUUCGUUUGAAUACUCAAUAUUCAAAUAAAUAUCAAUUCAAAGAUCAUGUUCAGAUUGUCUGUGUUAUUUAUUCUAAUGGAAAUAUAUCGAUUUACUAUGAAAAGAUACCCAAUGAGAUUGAAACGAAUUCAUCUGUUAAGUUGAUCUAUGAACCACCCAAUGAAGAUGAUCAUUACCAGAAAAAAGAAAUACUUUCCACAUAUCUGAUAAAAUCUGGGAUGUUGGUUGAGUUUACUCCUAUUUCAAAUUGUAGUGAAUACAAAUUUUGUGAAGACUGUACUAAAGAUUAUACAUCUGGAAGAAAGUGCCAUUGGUGUCCGAAAUUCAACACUUGCAGACACCUUCGUGAUAUCGAUAUCCAAACCUUGCUUGGAAAAGAUUGCGCUAUCCAACAAAUAGGAAUUUGUUCAUAUUCAACUAACGGAAUGAUCGAACAUGUUCCAACAGAAGAAUCAACCGUUACACAUAAUAUAGAAUCUACAAACCUUAUAACAUUGACUACAAAUAAGACUACAAUGGAAUCAAUCACUACUGAAAAUAUAUCACCUAUACAACCGUUAAUGAACACCGAUGAGUUAAGCAAAAUUAACGAAUCUUCCGUAAACGAUCAUCAAACCACUUUCCCACAGGUCACUAUAUAUCAAUCAUCUAGCAGACCGAUUCAAAUUACUACUCAUAUGAUUAUAAAAGUUACUGAAGACAAUCCAAUCACAUCCAAACAGUUUCUAUUCUCUCGUGAUAUAUUACAGAUAUAUUCCAUCACAUUUAUUAAUGAAGUCACUCAUCGUUUAUACAUUCGUCUUCUAAUACCAUUCAUAAUCGUGAUCAUUGUUCCAAGUAUUGUAUUUUUAGUUUGGCUAUUCAGAAAACGACACUAG